UACAUACAAGACAUGUAAAUCUGACCAUCAACAAACCUAGAGAAAGGCAAACCACUUCUCAGUGUACGGCCAGCCAGCGGUACUCCUUAGGCUACUGGCUCGAAACUCUUAACAACCAGUCCCGGCCGGCCCUUAUCAGACUUUCCCCCCUUCGCCGACAUCGAUACUCGCCCGAGCAGAAUCCAUCCCUCUCGCCCAUAGGAGGAUGCCUUGCGCAUCAUAACGACUCCAGCCAUCAUGUUCACCUUUUGUCCUUUGCAGGGCGCCCAGUCCGAGUCGACCGCGUCACAGUCGAUCCUGGAACUAGAUGGAGGUGUCAAAGUCCUGAUAGACAUAGGAUGGGACGAGUCCUUCCAUGUCGAAAAGCUUCGGGAGCUUGAGAAGCAAGUUCCGACACUAUCGCUCAUCCUUCUUACCCACGCGACUACCUCACAUCUCGCCGCCUUUGCACACUGCUGCAAGAAUAUUCCCCUCUUCACAAGAAUACCCGUCUACGCCACAAGACCAGUCAUUGACCUGGGUCGCACGCUGACCCAGGACCUAUACUCUUCUACCCCUCUCGCUGCGACAACCAUACCGCAUACCUCUCUAGGCGAAGCCGUCUACUCGUACUCCCAACAAACCGUCUCCGAACACGAAUUCCUCCUCCAAGCACCGACCCCAGAAGAGAUCACUCGAUACUUCUCCCUUGUCCAGGCCCUGAAAUACUCCCAACCGCACGAACCUUUACCCUCGCCCUUCUCGCCUCCUCUCAACGGCCUCACCAUCACGGCCUACAAUGCCGGUCACACCCUGGGCGGAACCAUCUGGCAUAUUCAACACGGCCUAGAGUCGAUUGUCUACGCCGUCGACUGGAACCAGGCGAGGGAGAAUGUCUUUGCCGGUGCGGCUUGGCUGGGCGGGGCCGGCGCGGGAGGGGCAGAGGUCAUCGAGCAAUUGCGCAAGCCCACCGCCUUGGUGUGCAGCAGUCGCGGCGCCGACAAGGUCGCCCCGCCCGGGGGGAGGGCCAAGCGCGAUGAACAGCUCGUCGACAUGCUCAAGCUUUGCCUGAGUCGUGGAGGGACCGCGCUCAUCCCCGUCGACUCGAGUGCCCGCGUCCUGGAACUGGCCUACCUGCUGGAGCACGCCUGGAGGACCGAUGCGGCGGCUAAGGAGGACAGCGUCCUCAAGACCUCCAAGCUGUACUUGGCCGGCCGCAACAUGUCCAGCGCCCUGCGCUACGCCCGAAGUAUGCUCGAAUGGAUGGACGACAACAUCGUCCGAGAGUUCGAAGCCACCGCCGACGGUCUGCGCAAAACGAAUGGCGCGGACGGGAAGCACUCCGGGGAUGCGGCGCCCUUCGAUUUCCGCCAUGUGAGAUUAGUGGAGAAACGGGCCCAGAUCGAAAAGCUGCUCAGCCGAAGCACCGACAAUGUGCAAUCCGGAGGCCGCGUCAUCCUGGCCAGCGAUGCCAGCCUGGACUGGGGGUUUUCGAAGGACCUGCUGCGAGGUCUCGCCAGGGACUCGAGGAACCUUGUCGUUUUGACCGACAAGCCAGCGCUGUCGGCGACGGACCGGCCGUCACUUGCGAGAACGCUCUGGGAAUGGUGGAAGGAGCGUCGGGACGGCGUGUCCGUCGACCAAACGGCGAAUGGCGACAGCAUCGAGCUCGUAUACGGCGGCGGACGCGAGUUGACCAUUGACAAUUCGAAGCGGCAGGCUCUCGAGGGGGAAGAACUGACGAUAUAUCAACAAUGGCUCGCAACGCAGCGGCAGCUUCAAGCAACCUUGCAGACCGGGGGAGCAACGGCCUUGGAAGCCCCUGUAGACGCGGCCGACGAGGCGUCAUCCGAGUCAUCAUCCGACUCGGGCGGCUCUGACAAUGAACAGCAAGGCAGGGCCCUCAAUAUCUCCACCACCAUGGGACAGGCGACUCGCAAGAAGGUCGUCUUGAGCGACAAGGAUCUGGGCAUCAACAUCCUCACCAAGAAGCGCGGCGCGAGCGAUUUCGACGUCCGGAAUAAGCGCGGCCGUGAGCGGUCGUUCCCGCUGGCCAUACGGCGAAGGCGCGACGACCAAUUCGGCGACAUGAUACGGCCCGAAGAUUACCUGCGAGCCGAGGAAAAGGAAGAAGACGUUCAAGUUCCGGAUGCCAAUGCCGACGCCGACGCCCAUGCCCAUGCCCAUGCCGCACGCGGGAACGAAGACGAUAAUCGAUUAGGGAAGAAGCGGAAAUGGGAGGACAACGCCGGCAAGGGCUCGAGCAAGCGACCGAAUCGGAGGAAGAACGGGUCUACGGACGAUCAGGAACCGCGGGUCGCAUCCUCGGACGGCCCUAUGGCGGACGACCUAGACGAUGUGGAAGAAGAAGACGUCGUGGAGGAGGGGGAGGAGGUCCAGGGUCCGGCCAAACUUGUCAGGACAACCGAAACGGUCAUGGUGAACUUGCGCAUCGGCUUCGUGGACUGCAGCGGCCUUCACGACAAGAGGACUCUGAACAACCUGAUCCCGCUGAUCCAGCCAAGGAAACUGAUCCUUGUCGGGGGCACGCGCGAAGAAACAAAGACAUUGGCGACGGACUGUAGGAAGCUUCUGGCGGCCCAGAUCGGAGCGUCCGACGAAGGCGUGGUGGACGUUUUCACGCCCGAGACGGGCGAGCUCGUCGACGCCAGCGUGGACACGAACGCCUGGGUCGUCAAGCUGUCGGACUCGCUUGUGAGGAAGCUGAAGUGGCAGAAUUUCCGCGGUCUGGGCGUGGUCACCAUCACGGGUCAACUCGUCGGGGAACCGCUCUCUGUCGAGGACGGGACCAGCAGCAGCAGCAGCAGCAGCAACAAGAGGCAGAAAACGGGCGACGAUACGGGCAAGACAGUUGGUGAGACAAAUACCGAGGAGGAGCCCGACGGCCGCGUCCAGGUGGUGCCGACGCUGGACACACUUCCCAUGAGCAUGGCGUCUGCCGUUCGCGCGGCGGCGCAGCCGCUGCACGUCGGUGACCUGCGUCUGACGGAUCUGCGGCGGGCCCUGCAGGGGGCGGGCUUUGCGGCCGAGUUUCGGGGCGAGGGAACGUUGGUGGUGAACGGGAGCGUGGCGGUUCGGAAGACUGGUACGGGCAAAAUCGACGUGGAGGCCGUGGGGGUGGCGGAUGCGACGUCGGUUGUGCAGCAUAGGAACACGUUGUACGAAGUGAAGAGGAUGAUUUACGAUGGAUUGGCAGUGGUUGCAGGCGCAUAGAGAGAGGGAGCGGGAGAGGGAGAGGGGGAGAGAGAUGGGCCCCAUGUAUGCUACCGAAGGUUGGGCGAAGUACCAGGG